AGUCAAGCAAAAAUUUGUGUCAAAAUUUACUGUCAACAUAAAACAUUGAAAUUAUAUUGGGAAAUAGCAGUAAAAACAAAUCAAAAUAAAUAUAAUAUUUAUUCAUUCGCGAUUUAAAAUGUUCUGUUUCAUAAAUUCAUCAAGUACUUAAAGGUUUGGAGAAAUGUUAAGUUGGAUAACUUCACUCACAUCUCUUGUUGACAUUUUUAACCUUGUGGACCCCGUCUGUCAAAUAAUCGAGUGACUCGGCUUAAAAUCCCAACCGCAACCAAAACAGCGCAAACAUCAUCGUCUCUUCGGAAUAAUUUUCAUACUCGUUAAGAAAUCCAUCCGAGAAUGGCGAAUUUAGAAGACAAAGCGUUGUGGGAAGAUGGGGACGACACCAUGGGCGAGGAUAUUGUCCGCAUCGCGCAACGCACACGCCUGCUGGACAACGAGAUUAAAAUUAUGAAGAGCGAGGUGAUGCGAAUCAACCACGAGUUACAAGCACAAGGUGAAAAAAUCAAAGAGAACACUGAGAAAAUCAAGGUAAACAAAACACUUCCGUAUCUUGUAUCCAACGUUAUCGAGCUGCUUGAUGUGGACCCACAAGAAGAAGAGGAAGAUGGUGCUGUUGUGGACCUGGAUGCACAAAGAAAAGGCAAGUGUGCAGUUGUCAAGACAUCCACCAGGCAAACCUACUUUCUGCCAGUCAUUGGCCUGGUAGAUGAGGAGAAACUAAAGCCAGGCGAUUUGGUUGGUGUGAACAAAGACUCCUAUUUGAUUUUGGAGACUCUGCCAGCUGAGUAUGAUGCUAGGGUUAAAGCUAUGGAGGUGGAUGAGAGACCAACUGAACAGUAUUCAGACAUAGGUGGAUUGGACAAACAAAUUCAGGAGCUGAUUGAAGCUGUGGUCCUUCCCAUGACACAUAAGGAGAAGUUUUUGAAUUUGGGCAUUCAUCCACCAAAAGGUGUUCUAUUGUAUGGCCCUCCUGGUACAGGCAAAACUCUUCUGGCUCGCGCAUGCGCAGCCCAAACCAAGUCAACCUUCCUGAAACUAGCUGGUCCCCAACUUGUCCAGAUGUUCAUUGGUGAUGGUGCAAAAUUAGUAAGAGAUGCUUUUGCACUAGCCAAAGAAAAGUCGCCAGCUAUUAUCUUUAUCGACGAGUUGGAUGCGAUCGGUACAAAACGUUUCGAUUCCGAGAAAGCCGGCGAUCGUGAAGUGCAACGUACGAUGUUGGAGUUGUUGAAUCAACUCGACGGUUUCAGCUCAACUUCUGAUAUUAAAGUCAUCGCCGCGACAAAUCGUGUAGAUAUUUUGGAUCCUGCUUUACUUCGAUCAGGUCGUUUGGAUAGAAAAAUUGAAUUCCCCCAUCCGAAUGAAGAGGCGCGUGCGCGUAUCAUGCAAAUCCACUCGCGUAAAAUGACCAUCAAUCAGGACGUGAACUUUGAAGAACUGGCGCGUUCCACCGAUGAUUUCAACGGUGCGCAGUGUAAAGCCGUAUGCGUAGAGGCUGGUAUGAUCGCUCUGCGACGCAACGCCACCGCAGUCACACACGAAGACUUCAUGGACGCCAUUAUGGAAGUACAGGCUAAGAAGAAAGCCAAUCUCAACUACUACGCUUAGAUGUGUGCGCCCACGACUGCAUAGGGGUAACAAUUUAAAUAAUUUCUUUUCUUUGCCGCAUUUGCGAUUGAACUUGUGCGCCAGAUAACAAAAACUUUUAUAAUAAACGAAAAUUUCGCUAAACUGAAGAA